UUCAUACCCACUGCAGCAGCAGCAUGGCGUCAAGAGACUGUCAUUUAAAUGGUGCUUUACAAAAGUUCGAAAAAGCUACGAAGAAUCCAGAAAGAUAUAUUAGUUCCCAACCAGCUCAUGAAAACGCUCUGACAUCAUGCACCCAGACUUUGUUUGGACUGGCAGCGAGUCAUGCAGAGGCAAAUCUCAACUCUUCAAAUCCGCUAUCAGAGCUUAUCACCGAAGGAUUCGAUGAGGAACAGAUAUGGCAGGAGCUCGAACUGCAGAAUCAGCCUUGUCUUGGCACCCUUGUGAAGCAUGUUUCUAAAGCAAUUGCUGUAAGAAAUAGACUUCAUCUCCAAGUCCCCAAUGCAAAAAGCACUCUUGGGGUUGAGGAUGGAGAUCAAGAUGAGGAGAGUUCUGAUGGUGACGAUGAGGGAGAUGAUGAAGAAGAUGAUGAAGGUGAAGAAGACGAAGGGGAUGCAGAUCAUGAUGAGCUGAUGGAUAGCGAGAAUGAAGAAGAAAAUCUUAGUUUAACAAGAACAAGAAAACCAAAGAAAGCCAGCAAAGACUCUGAUGAAAGUGACGAGUCUGAUACGAAUUUCGACAUUGAUGAGUUGCACUCAAGAACUAAACCGAAAAAGAAAACUUCAAAGACAAAUGCUUUGUCGGAGGACAAGGGUGGGAAGGGUAAAGCGUCGGUCGUUGAUGAUCAGUUUUUCAGACUUGAAGAUAUGGAGAAGUUCUUAGAGAUGGAGGAUGCAAAGGAAGCAAAGCGUGUGAGACGAAUGGAAAGAAAAGAUGGAAGUGAUGAUGACGACGAUGAGGAAGAUGAUGAAGAUGAUGAGGAGGAACCAGUGGACUUCUUUGAAGAUGCUUCAUCUGAUGAUGAGGGAUUUGACGAUGAGGAUGAUGAAGAUGAUGAAGAUGAUGUCAACAUUACACACAAACAGGAUAAGAAGAGCACGCGUGACCUGAUGUAUGGGGACUUCUUUGCCGAGCCUGGUGCAGAGAUGGCAACAAAAUUCUCUAAGAAGAGGAAAGUACGUUUUGAAAGGGAAGAUGAAGAAGAAGAAGAGAUUGAAGAAGAUGGGAAUGAAAAGAACUUUGAAGAAGAGAGUUUUGAAGAGGCAGACUUUGAAGAUGCCGAUGAUGAGCUGCUUGCUGACCUCCGGAAGGCAUCAGGAACCAGGAAUAAGGAUGAUCUACUCCUGAGCGGCAGUGAGAGUGAAGGAGAGGAUAUCUCGGACAUCCUUGGUGGUCAGAGAAAGAAGGGAGAGGACAAGUCGUCUUUCGAGAAGCGCCAGGAAAAGCUCCGUAGCAAGAUUAAGGACUUGGAACAGUCUAAUUUGGCGAAGAAAUCUUGGCAGCUGACUGGAGAGGUUGCUGGGAUCAAACGACCUGAGAACAGCCUCCUUGAAGAAAACCUGGAAUUUGACGUCAGAACAAGACCAGCUCCCGUGAUCACCGAGGAGACCACCAAGAAUUUAGAGUCUUUGAUCAAGCAACGCGUCCUAGACCAGGCCUGGGAUGAUGUCCAGAGGAAGGCCAAGCCUAAAGAGGAGGUCAAGGAAUUCAAGAAGAGGGUGACCUUAGACCAGGAGAAGAGCAAGAUGAGUCUAGGAGAGAUCUAUGAACAGGAAUACAUCAAACAGACUCAGCAAGAAGCUGAAGAGGAAAAGGAAGAUCCAUUGCACAAGGAGAUCAAGGAAUCCAUGGAUUCACUCUUCAUCAAACUGGAUGCCCUUUCAAACUUCCACUUUGCUCCUAAACCAAUCGGUCCCGAGGUCAAGAUCAUCUCCAACACUCCAGCCAUCUCCAUGGAGGAGGUUGCACCAAUCAGUGUCGCUGAUUCCUCCUUGCUGGCUCCAGAAGAGAUCAAGGACAAGGAGAAGGGCGAGCUGAAGGGUAAGACAGAGAGGACGUCAGAGGAUCGGAACAGAGAUCUACGUAAGAAGAAGCAGAGGCAGCGAGCCAGGGCCAAGGACAGGGAAAGGAAGGAGAAGCUGGUUGAGAAAUUAAAUCCAGGGCUUGGUAACAAGUACAGCAAGAAGGCUGCAAUGGAAAGACUGGAAAAGAGUAGCAAAGCGCCAUCUAGUACCACUACAAUUGUAAAGGAUAUGGAGAAUACCAAAGGAAAUCUCAAAUCUUCCAAGGCAUUCUUCAGUAAGCUCCAAGAGGAAGUAGUCUCAGAGGUCCAUGGAUUCAAGACCAAGAAAAAGAAAAAGAAGGUCAUGUCAGGAACACAACUCAAAUUGUAAAUUGUGAAACUGAUUUUGGACACCCAAUUGUACUGAAUAUCCAAAUAUCGAUGGUGCCUACAGUACAUGUACCUCGAGCGUGUUUUGAAUCUGCCAGAAUCCGGUAAACCUCGCAUCUUGCAAGCAGGAAUAUUUUUCAUGAAAAUUCUGGUAACAUUCAAAGUGGAAUUCAAGAGUGACCUUUAUUGUUACUGCUUUGUGAGAGUACUUCCGUUGACCAGAUGACUGAUUGAUACUAAUCAACCUUCCAGUGAACUGUGGUCCGAUUUGAAUAUGGUGGGAAUGCAAUAUUAAAAUGUUAAAGGGUGUCUGGAUGCAGUAUGAAUGCAAUGCAAAUGCCAAUCAAUAGUUCUUCACAAGUUCCCAUUUAAGUUUUCUUCCUCAAAAGCAGAAGGCUUGCCUCACAAAUUAUUUGAACAUUUUGAACAUUUUGAUUGUAUGUAAUCUUCCAUGAGAAAGAAAAUCUGUUAUGAAUCAGAGUCUGUGUAAACAAAAAAUGGAGGAUAAAGGCAAUGUAUGUGACAGACGAGAGGGAGUGAAGAAAAAGGGGAAGGGGGUAUCUUUUAUAAUUCUCACAAUUUCCCAUGAAUAAAGCAAACAUGUUAAAGCUAACUCGGUGUAUGAAACACAGAAUUCCUUGUG